CGGUUUCCCGACCCACAUGUUAUUAACAGAGAUUGUGUAACCCUUUAAACGUUAUUUACUUUGCCUGCAUCCCAUUUAGAGAUAAUCUAGGUGGUUUGGCGUCGCAGUAAUUCACUCAAGUCGCGACAUUGGAGGAAAUCUCGAUCAAAAAAUGCGUGAUGUGAGUAAAAACUUCAAUUUGCUUCCACCUUCGGUAUUGAAAUCAUUCAGGAAUUUAGCGUAUGGUGGCAAUAUUUAGACGUGGCAUCCGUCGCCUACUGUUUAAACAUUGGUCGUCCAAACAAAGUCUUUAGUUUUCAUCAUGUCUUCCAGGAGAAUCUUCAACAUAAUAGUUGUUACAUCAACGUUUUGGUUCUCCGUUACCGUGUUAGUGCUCAUGUUCAAUAGUGAGGUGACACGCGAAUCACUGACAAUGCUCAAUGCGCCAGUAGUUUUGGACAGUGAUGAACAUCACUACAUGAAAGGAGCUGGUGUGAAUCCCUUACGUCCUGUCGACCAUCAAAAGCACAUUAAAUACCCCUGGGAAAAGGAUUCUUCUGAAAAACCGGCUGCCAAAGACGGCCUUUUGUCUAGCGCUGCCAAAGCCGUGAAUGUUUUGGCGGGUGUUCUUCCGAAAAACCGCGGUUCGAGAACUCGAGAAGUUUACGACGCAAGCAUAGCGAAACGCACGAAUCCUGGUGGUCUCGGAGAAGGUGGUAAAUCGGCUUAUUUAACGUCCGAUGAGGAGAAAAAACUCGCGGAACAACAUUUUGGCGAUCAUUCUUUCAACUGGGUACUUAGCGACAAGAUUUCGUUGGACAGGACUUUAGAGGACGUGAGGGGAGGCCGUUGUAAGGCCAAACAUGACUCAUAUCCUAGCAAGCUGCCGACAACAACUGUUAUAAUCUGCUUCCACAAGGAACGUCUUUCUGUGCUGCUUCGCACCAUACACAGUGUCAUUAACAGGACACCACCUGAUCUGCUCAGUGGAGUUAUUGUUGUUGAUGAUUUCAGUGAGGAUGAGAGACUUGGUAAACCAUUGGACGACCAUGUUGCAACCAUGAGCAAAGUGACCGUGCUAAGGAACGAUAAACGGGAGGGACUUGUUCGCGCACGCUUAAAAGGUGCCUACGCUGCCAAAGGUGAAGUUCUCACGUUCCUUGAUUCGCACUGUGAGGCGACCCCAGGCUGGGCAGAGCCUUUGUUGGCUCGAAUUGCUGCGUCACGAUCCAAUGUUGUUUGCCCAGCCAUCGAAGUACUGAAUGCCGACACAUUUGCGUACCAAGGCUCUGCAAACGCUGAUCAGAGAGGAGGCUUCGGCUGGGAUUUGUUCUUCAAAUGGAAGGGAAUUCCCCCGGAAGAACAGAAACUACGAAAAGAUAGUUCGGAUCCUAUCAGGACGCCCACAAUGGCAGGGGGAUUGUUCUCCAUCCACAGACAGUACUUCUUUGAUCUUGGAUCUUACGAUGAAGAAAUGGACAUCUGGGGAGGAGAAAAUCUCGAGCUUUCCUUCAGGAUAUGGAUGUGUGGUGGUCGCCUGGAGAUCGUUCCUUGUUCACGCGUUGGUCAUGUGUUCCGCAAGUACACCAGCCCGUACAAAUUCCCGGAUGGAGUCGAGAAAACUCUCAACAAGAACUUCAAUCGAUUGGCGGAGGUCUGGAUGGACGAGUACAAGGAGCUUUACUACAACAAGAAGCCACAGGCGAGGAACAUGGAGUAUGGAGACAUCAGCAAGCGCCUAGAGUUGAGGAAGAGAUUAGGGUGCAAGAGCUUUAAGUGGUACAUAGAAAAUAUCUACCCUGAUGUCCAGAUGCCUGAGCUAAAUCCGCCAGCCAGUGGCGAGGUUCGAAACCCGGCAAGUGGAUACUGCUUAGACUCGCUUGGAGCCAAACCCGAACACUCAGCACGAAUGGGAGUUUAUAUUUGCCACGGACAGGGUGGAAAUCAGAUGCUGGUAUUGUCGUCAAAAGGUGAGAUAAUCUUUGAGGAAGAGAACUGUCUCGACGUGUCGAAGUCUUAUGCUGGGGCUCCUGUGGAGAUCUUGAAAUGUCACGGAAUGGGCGGCAAUCAGAAAUGGGAACACGACAAAAAAAGCGGAGUUAUCAAACACAUGAGUACAGGUCAAUGCCUCGAUCGUGGAUCCAGUGGAGACCAGUACGUCGCUAUGAAUCCUUGUGACGGACGCGAUUCACAGAGAUGGGUUUUCUCCAAGUACAAAGAUUCAUAACACCACCUGAAGGUCCCGCUAUGGAACGGGUUGAAUUUAUUUGUUAUAUGAAGAGAAUAUGAAGCAAAGAGACUGUACUCCCUUUGUGGGCCGUGCUCCUUAGGUAAUCUCUGUUAAGUUAUUUUUAGACAACUCACGUUUUUGCAGAUCCCGGAAGGAUCUAGACACAAUCAGUCUAGUGCCGCCUAUUUUUCUCGCGUGCAUAUCCUUUGUACAGUCUAUUUGUUCUUCACUAAAUCUUACGAGGAACACGUAACACAAGCGUCAUGUUACACGCAAGAAACACGCGAGGCUCGAGUGAUAUUGUUAUUUGGAGCCUCGACUCUAAAAUUACCAUAAAUGUAUUAAUUGGCUGCUGGGGGAUAAUCCCAGUCAUUUUAUUUCACCCAGAUUUGAUACAUACAGCAUGCAUGUCUCUGGUCGAAACGCUAUUAUAUUAAAAACGGAGACCAGUUUAGGCCUCUUAGUUUCCAAAAUACGUAUAUCUUCUUCUGCAAUGCCAUAAAACAAAUGACCAUAAAACUGCUAUUUUAGAACUUGAGAGAGGAAGAAGAAGGGAGGCUUGCAAGAAAAUGUUUUAAGCGGUGGACGGGGGUUUUAAUAGAUGGGGGGGGGGAGCUUAUUUGAAAGAAGGGCUUAUUAGAGAAGGGAAUGGUAGGUAGAGAAAGUAAAAGAGAAAGAGCGUAAUAGAGUCUAGUUGUAAAGAGAGAGAAUGUCGAUACAUUGAGGGUUCAAUUCUUGGGGGUGGGGCUAAGUAAAGAAAGCGGUUUGAAAGGGAGGGGGGGUCCUUAGAGCGUUGAUAGUAGUAACCUGAUAGAGAUUACAUUUAGAAUGAGGUCGAUAUUAGCGAGUUCUACGCAAAAAAUUUAUAUUGAUUGCGCUUAGAGUAAAGAAAAUAUUUAUAAACUUAAGUAUAGGAAUUUUGUUAGCUGUGCCAGUAACGUAGUUUGUGACAUACUCAAGUGAUUUGCUGAAUUCUUAAUAGCUUAUUACAAAGAAGAACAAAAAAAGCAGAAUUGACCAUUUUUGCAAAGUUUUUACAUUUUCGAUAAAUAUAGCAUAGUCGUUGGAAAAGAUUGAUUUUGAAUGGCGUUGUUACACUGUACUGACAGAAAAUGAAUUUCUUCGAAUCCUUUGUCCGUAAUCGAUAGCUGUCAUCAAACAGCUGUCAGAAAUUAAAUGUUUUGGUAAAGAUUUUGGUAAACAUCUCUCUGCAGGGCCUCGCUAUCGUGUGACAGUCAUUAAGGGUAUACUGAUACUUUUGUUGUUGUUGUUGUUGUUGUUGUUGUUGUUGUUGUUGUUUGUUUAACCGCCUCCUGGUUAGCUCAUUGG